AUGUUCUUCAUUAAAGACCUUUCGUUAAAUAUAACACUACAUCCAUCAUUUUUUGGACCCCGAAUGAAACAAUUCCUUAAAACAAAACUAUUACAAGAAGUGGAAGGUUCAUGUACAGGUAAGUUCGGAUACAUCCUAUGUGUCUUAGACUACGAUAAAAUCGAAAUAGAACGUGGCAGAAUCCUACCAACAGAUGGAUCUGCAGAAUUCAACGUCAAAUAUAGAGCCAUAGUAUUUAAACCAUUCAAAGGUGAAGUUGUCGAUGGGACUGUUGUUUCAUGUUCACAACAUGGAUUUGAAGUUCAAGUGGGACCCAUGAAAGUUUUCGUGACGAAACAUUUGAUGCCGAGCGAUUUGAUGUUUAAUGCAGGUUCUAAUCCGCCAAGUUAUCAAAGUUCAGAAGAUGUUAUCACUAUAAAGAGUAGAAUUAGAGUCAAGAUUGAAGGGUGUAUUAGUCAAGUUAGUUCCAUUCAUGCAAUUGGUAGUAUUAAGGAAGAUUAUCUAGGUGCCAUUUGA